UCUUCUUAUUCUUCAUACACAUACACACACACAAUGCCAGAGUGGCAGAAGACCGCCGAGUGGCCGCUGGCCUCGUUUUCCACGAUGGUUGCUCUGAUGGGCGGCUAUGUCGUUGUGAUCAAAGGACUCCAGGCGUUCAUGAAAAACCGCGAGGCACUCCGCUGCACAAUGGCGGGCCACGUCCACAACGUCAUCAUGACCGCGCUGUCUGCCUACGUCUUCUUUGGCAUGGGCUACGACGUCAUCCAGAACUGGAAGGAGAACAACUUCGAUCCCUCGCUCGCUGUCUGCGACCCCGAGCUCAAGCUCAGCAAGAACGCCGACUACUGGUUCUGGAUUUUCUACGUGUCCAAGUUCUACGAGUACAUUGACACCAUUCUCCUCGUCCUGCGCAAGAAGCCUGUCAUCUUCCUCCACGCCUACCACCACUUUAUCACCGCUUCCAUCGUCUGGGCUGCUUGGAUUUUCCCCGGUGCCUCCAACUGGGUUGGCCCCAUCACCAACGCGUUCGUCCACAUCUGGAUGUACGCUUACUACAUGGCUGCCGAUUUCGGUCUUAGCCGCAAGUGGGGUGCCUACAUUACCAAGAUCCAGCUCACCCAGUUCAUGGGCUGCAUUGCUCUGUGGGCCUGCGUUGGUCUCGCCAUGAUUCCCGACAACUCGUGCAAGACCCCCGCCGAAUCCUUCUCAUGGCUCUGCCUCCAGUACGUCAUCUUCUUGUACCUCUUCCGCCGCUUUGACAGCAAGCGCAACGGCAAGAAGCCUGCUGCCGCGACCGCCACCAAGUCCGUCGCUGCCUCGGCCGCCGGCAACGAAGUCGAGGACAAGAAGCGCGAAUAACAAAAGAGACGCCGCUGCUUUGCGCCACGCCACGCUACUGUUACUCAAUUUUGUUGUUUGAACGUUAUCAUUUGUUGAUCCGAGCAACGAAGGCCUGUUGGUGAUGAAGGUUGCCCGCGCGCUUCUCUUGCUCUUUGUAUUCCUGAGUAUUGUUGAUGUUGAGAUUUUAUCCAAGCCAGAAUGUUUGAAUU